AUGCGUGUCGCGGUCGUCGUCGCCUUGGGCGCCGCGGCGGUCGGCGCGCUGCGCAUGCCGCCGGCGCGGCGCGGCGCGCUCGGCGCGCCGCGGCGGUCCGCCCGCGGCGCCGCCGUCGGCGACCCGUCCGGCGCCGGCGGCGUCGCGUCGGCCCAGCUGCUGCUGGCGCGCGUCGCGCGGCCGGCGCGCGUCGGCUGGCGCUUCACGCGGCCGCACACCUUCGUCGGCACGGCGCUGUCCGUGCCCGCGCUCCACGCGCUCGCGGCGCCGUCGGCCGCGGCCGCGCUCACGCCCGCGUUCGCGGCGUCCGUGUGCGCGGCGCUGGGCCCCGCGCUGCUCGUCAACGUCUUCAUCACGGGCCUCAACCAGCUCUGCGACGUCGACAUCGACCGCGUCAACAAGCCGCACCUGCCCGUCGCGUCCGGCGAGCUCGCGAUGCGCGACGGCGCGGCGAUCGCGGCCGCCGCGCUCGCGGGCGCCGCGCUGCUGGGCUGCGACGCGCGGCUCGGGUCCGAGCCCCUGCGGCGCGUGCUCCUCGGCUCGGCCCUCCUCGGCUUCGCCUACUCGGCGCCGCCGCUCCGGCUCAAGCGGUCGCCCGAGCGGCGGUCGCCCGCGCUCGCGGCCGCGUGCAUCGUCGCCGUCCGCGCGGUCCUCGUGAACACGUGCUUCUACGCGCACGCGGCGGCGCGCGCGUUCCCCGAGGGCGCCGCGCGCGCCGCGGCCGACGCGCGCCUCGGCCUCGUCGUCGCAUUCUUCGGCGCGUUCUCCGUCGCCAUCGCGCUCAUGAAGGACGUGCCCGACGUCGCCGGCGACGCGAGGUACGGCGUCCGCACGCUGAGCCGCGCGCUCGGCCGCCAGCGCGUCUUCGACGGCGCGGCCGCGGUCCUCGUCGCGACGCUCGCGGCCGCCGCGGCCGGCCUCGCGGCCGCGGCCGCGGCCGCCGAGACCGCGGCGCGCGCCGCGACGCGCGCGGGCCUCGCGGCGGUCCUCGCCGCCGCCGCGGCCGACGCCGCGGCGCGCGCGCGCGCCGUCGACGCCGAGGCCGGCGGCGCCGUCGCCGCCUUCUACAUGCACCUCUGGAAGUGCUUCUUCCUCUGCUACGCGCUGCUGCCCUUCGCGCGCUAG